AUGGUCUUCUGCAAGGCAGAUCAACAGGAAUGGACCAAACUUCAGCUCAUACUCAAUUCUUAUGAAGCAAGCUCUGGUCAGAGGCUCAACCUGGAUAAGUCUUCAAUUUACUUCAGCAAGAACACAAGCCAAGUAGCCCAAACUUCCAUUCUGAACUUGGCAGGUAUGAAGGCAUCUGGUCCUUUUGAGAAGUACCUAAGACUACCUUCUUCUGUUGGAAAAAACAAGGGCAGAGCUUUUAAUCCUAUCUUGGAUAGAAUCAAGGCUCAGAUGAACAAUUGGAAAACAAACCUCUUGUCCUCAGCCGGGAAAGAAGUCUUGCUAAAAUCAGUCAUUCAAUCCAUUCCCACAUAUUGCAUGGGAAUCUUCCUAAUUCCCAAAGGAAUCCUGGGAAACAUAAACAAGCUGAUGCAAUCUUUCUGGUGGGGGAUAAAUAACCAAAAAUCUAAAAUGCACUGGCUUAGUUGGAAAGGAAUUGGAAAGGGCAAGCAAGAUGGGGGCCUAGGUUUCAGAGACUUUGAAGACUUCAAUAAAGCCAUGCUAGCCAAGCAAGGGUGGAGGCUUCUCAUCAACACCCAAUCCCUUGCCUCCAAGGUUCUAAAAGCCAACUACUUUCCCUCUGGUGAUUUUCUCUCGGCUAAAGUCAGAGGAAGUGAUUCCUUUGUAUGGAAAAGUAUAACAGUAGCCAGGCCAUUUUUGGCUGAAGGCCUCCUCUGGAAGAUUGGAAAUGGCAACUCAGUGAGGGUUUGGUCAGACUGCUGGCUGCUUACCCCUACUUCUUUCAAGGUCCAAUCUCCUCUCAAGAUUCUCAGUUCAGGAGUUACUGUGAACUCUCUAAUAGAUCAAGAUACUUACUCCUGGAACCUGGCUCUCAUACAAGAUGUCUUCAUCCCUGAGGAAGCAGCAGUCAUAUCCAAGCUACACAUAAGUCCUUGCACUAGCAGUGAUAGACUAACCUGGAGGUGCACCACAAAUGGCAUGUUCACAGUAAAAUCAGCUUACCAUCUACAGGUUUCCAUGAAUGAUAGCAGGCAUGGACAGGGAUCUCGACCUCCUACCCAUGGGGCCCUUUGGAAGCAGCUGUGGAAGCUUAAAGUGCCAAGCAAAGUUAAAAUGUUCCUAUUGAGAGCUGCAAAGGACAUCCUUCCCACCAAAGCAAAUUUGUUUAGAAGGAGGAUUGUUGAAUCUCCUUUAUGUCCCAUCUGUCACUCCUUUCCAGAGACCACAGCUCAUGUUCUAUGGUCAUACACGGCAGCCCAGGAUGUUUGGAGCUAUGGCUCGAGAAGACUCCAAAAAUGCAGGUCAGAGGAACAACCAUACCAUGAACUACUGGCAGACCAGCUUUCUCUUCUCCCUGCUGAGGAACAUGUGGAACUGGCUCUUACAGCCACUGAAUUGUGGAAUAGGAGGAACAAGUUUGUUUUCGAAUCUAGCUUCAUCUCUCCUUUACAGGUCUCCAAGUCUGUCUCAUUGAGAAAGAGUGAAGUGGAAGAGCUCAACAGUCAACCAAAGAAGCAACCUUUUCCAACUCAGGCACCAGUUGUGUGGUGCAAGCCUCCUACAGAUUUCUACAAAAUAAACUGGGAUGCAGCCAUUGACAAGGUGAACUGCAUGGUGGGAAUUGGAGUGGCAGUCAGAGAUUGGGAUGGCCUAGUCACAACCACCCUUAGAAGUCCUAAAAACUCCUUCCUUGAUCCUCUUCUAGGAGAAGCUUUGGCUGCCUUGCGAGCUGUGCAGUUGGGUCUAGAACUUGGUCUCCAUAAUGUCAUUUUUGAAGGGGACUCUAAGCUAGUGGUCAGUGGGAUUAACAGUGGUACUGAGGACUGGAGUACUGCAGGCCUGAUCUUCCUUGACAUAAAGAAACUUUUGCUUUCCUACCAUACUUGGUCUUUUAGGCAUGUACCUAGGCAAAUCAAUGUAGUGGCACACACCCUAGCUAAAAGCUCUUUGGAGCUUGGUGAUGAGUCUGUUCUUGUAGAGGAUUAUCCUCAAUGCAUUUAUUAUGAGAACAAUGAAGAUGAAGAUGACACUUCGAUUUUAAAGGCCUACCGGGAAGAUGGAGAGGGUAUUAACUUGUUUGUUCACCUCGAUGCACUCGAGUUGCUCCCUUUAUGUAGAGAUGAUGUCUCACCCGUCCAUCUUAACCCGUUCAUAUUAAAUGAUCAUUUAAUUCAAGUAAAUGAGGACGAAGAAGAAGAAGAUGAAGAAGAAUCUGGGGAAGAAGUGGAUAAGGAGGACGAAGAAUAG